CGUCAUUCGAGAAUCAAGAUCGAGAAGAAGCUUAGGAUCGGAAAAAGGAUUGUGAAUUGUCAGAAUGAGUGGCUGCCGUGUUUUCAUUGGUCGUCUUAACCCUGCUGCCAGGGAGAAAGAUGUUGAACGCUUUUUCAAGGGAUAUGGCCGAAUCAGAGACAUCGACCUUAAAAGAGGCUUUGGAUUUGUGGAAUUUGAAGAUCCAAGAGAUGCAGAUGAUGCAGUUUAUGAACUGGACGGCAAAGAACUUUGCAGUGAAAGAGUUACAAUUGAGCAUGCCAGACUGCGAUCUCGGGGUGGUGGAAGAGGAGGAGGUAUGGGUGGAGGAAGAGGGAGAUAUCCAGACCGAUUCAGCAGUCGCAGAGGCCCACGGAAUGAUAGAAGUGCUCCACCAAUUAGGACAGAAAAUCGUCUCAUUGUUGAAAAUCUGUCUUCUAGAGUGAGCUGGCAGGACUUGAAAGAUUUCAUGAGGCAAGCUGGAGAAGUAACCUUUGCAGAUGCACAUAGACCGAAACUUAAUGAAGGGGUUGUUGAAUUUGCAUCUUACAGUGACUUGAAAAAUGCUAUUGAGAAGCUAUCUGGGAAAGAAAUCAAUGGAAGGAAAAUCAAACUGAUUGAAGGGAGCAAACGGCAUAGAUCAAGGAGCCGAUCACGCUCCCGCAGCAGAAGCUCUUCCCGAUCUCGUAGCAGGUCACGCUCCAGGAGUCGCAAGUCUUACACCCGUUCCCGUAGCCGAAGUCGCAGUGCUCGUAGCAAUCGUAGCAAUCAUAGCAAAUCUAGGUCUGUAAGCAGAUCUCCAGUUCCAGAGAAGAGUCAAAAGCGUAGAUCUUCAAGUCCAUCAAAGUCACCUGCUUCUGAUCACCAGAGAUCACGGUCAAGAUCUAGGUCUGCAGACAGCAGAAACUGAACUAUUUAAUAAACUCCAUCCAAUAUUUUUUUUAAUCAUACUUGCUCACUUUUGUAGCAAGUAUUCUGUGAGGGUAGGGGGAAGACUUGUGGACCAUCUAGAUUACAGGAAAUUCUUCAUAUCCUGGCUUUUGAUAUUUCUCCUGCUUAUUUAAAAGUGUAUAGUUUGUAUUUUUUUUUUUUUGACAAUCCCAAUGUCUGUACAGAUGUCUUUUUAUUAAACAUUGGGUAAAUAUCUUGUAUAUAAAAGCUGCAUUCAGCUUCCCCCCAGUCUUUUCUGCGUACAAUAUUUCAUUUGUGAUCAACAAAAUAAAUGGAUUUCAGAAAUCAAA